GGAGGGGCUGGGGCGGCCCAGCCCAGCCCGCGGGGCGGUGGCGAGUGGCGCGAUAGCGCGGGCGGGGCGGAGGCAGGUUGUCCUCAUGAGUACCCCUGCGGAGGAUGUCCAUGAUCUUCUUUGCCUGUGUGGUGCGGGUGAGGGACGGACUCCCACUCUCAGCCUCAACGGAUUUUCAUCUCAGCCAAGACUUUCUAGAAUGCAGGAAGAGAUUAAAAGCAUUAUCCUUAAUUCUGACACAGUAUCCCAGUCGAGGUACAGCAAGAGGACGUGAUCUCAGCAUACAUUUUCUCUCUUCUGGGGAAGUCGCCUCCAUGGUGAUCUGUUCCAGCAGUUACUCGACCAUCAUGGCAUUUUGCUUCCUGGAGGAGCUCCAGUGGGAAUUUGCUGCUGCCUAUGACACUACAAGCAUAGGUUUGGCUUCCAGACCAUAUGCUUUUCUCGAAUUUGACAAUAUUAUUCAAAAAGUGAAAUGUCACUUUAACUACACGGGCUGCUCUCAAAUGAAGAUCAGUUUGGAGAAAAUUCAGGAAGAGCUGAAGUUCAGGCCUCCUGUGCUCCUGAAACUGGAGGAUAUGGAGCUGAUGAAUGGGCUGACUAAUGGUGGGCACACCGAACUCUACAUGGGGUCUGUUCCUACUUACAGAAUGCAACCGGUGACUGCCAUAGGAAUACUGUCUCUCGUUCUCAACAUAAUGUGCGGGGCUCUGAAUCUCAUUCGAGGAGUUCACCUAGCAGAAUAUUCUUUUCAGGAAGACCAUGAGGGAAUCGGGAAUGUAAUAGCAUUUUUUCUACCUUUUCUAGCCUGCAUCUUCCAGUGUUACUUGUACCUGUUCUACAGUUCAGCAAGGAAGAUGAAGGUCAGGGAUGCCAAUCUCAUCUGGUCUGCCGGCUGGAUGAGGGAUGUGGGACUGGUCUGCAGGAUGGCUCAGACCCGUGGACCGGCCCGGCCCGUCUGCUGGAGCCAGCAUCCAGGGCUUAUCCAGCAGGGCUAGCUCAUCCAGCACAUGUCUUGAGCCAGCCCUGCGUGUUGCAUGCGGUGUGUGCUGGUACUUGUGCACGGAGCUGGCAUGGGGCUCAUUGCAUGAGCUGCCCAUGCUGGACCUACCCCGUGUACUGGCUCUGGUUGUAAGUGGUUAUUAGUUCUUAGUGCCAUGAGGGAUCUUUAUUACUCAGUCUUUGUUGUGUUCCUUAACCAACAUCAUCUAGUCCUUGUCCUUCCCCCCCCCCCCAAUUCAUCUCAUUUGCUUUGUAACCAUUUAGUAUUUUAAUGUGCAAACGCAGCAAUUUGCCUCUGGACGAUAUAAAGAUGGAUGUUAAAGUCAUGACGGACUAAAUGGUGGAUAAUAACGGUUGUAGAGCUCUUCAUAUGUAGAGCUCAAGGCGCUUAACAAAAAUGAGCUGAGGAAGAGUUAGGUUAGUCGGUAACUGCUUUGGGGGGAAAAUGACUUCUAGUGAAUAACUGUCUUAAAAGUGAGCUAGAACGGUUGGGCUCAGAAAGGAAGAAAAACACCUUGGCCCUUACUCAAAAUCAGAACGGGCAAUGUCCUGUGGUUAAGCUGGAUGUCUUGAGGUUUAGUAGGUGUGCACUCAUUGGGCAAUUGCAGAUCAGCUUGAAGCUGUAUAAAAUGAUCCAAGCAGAUGUAAUCAAACUUUCGGCCUGAGUAGCCUUUUAUUUUCCUGGUGGAGGUCAUGGUGGCGGAUAGGGCAGUUGUACGUCUGUCUGGUCUACAGAGACAAAAGCUUAUUUGGGACAAUCUGAUGGCUGCUUCACCUAUUAAAAGUAUAUGGUUUGUGACUAGAAAGCAGUUCCCCAUAAUGGAGAGCAAGAGCAGGUUCUCUAUUUUACAGACCCCUUUGGCUACUAGUACUGCAGCUCUCAUGCUUAGGCAAAUUUAUGAGCAUGCAUUUUUGAAUAUAGUCAUUAAAAGCUGACUUUCUCAACCCCUGCUGCACUGAAUAUGCAUAUAUUUAAUGUGUUGAAGUAUAUAGUAACAUUUAAAACUUCUCUUAAACCUUUUUAAAUAUUUUAUUCCGUCUGUUUAAAGAAUAGAUAACAGUUUUGGUGCAGCUAUCCUUGGAGAGUUAGGGAAGAAUCACCAUAUUGGGACAUUUUAAAGGAAACGCCAGGUGUAAUAUUUUGGAGGUACUUUAUUAGAUCUUUUUUGUUAGUGUGUUUUAUGGUGGGGCCCUCUAUUUUAUAGAAUGAAAAAAUUGCCAAGAAUUUUGUCUUUAAUUUACAAAGUCUCUAUUUCUAGUAGUUGCAGAAAAAAGAAAUUGUUGGGGAGCUGUCGUUUUGAAUCUGUUGGCAGUCUGAAAUAAGCUGCCCGAUGAAUUAAUUUUCCCCUUCAUCUCGGUGGGUCUAUUUUGAAGCCUUAAAAUAUGUAAAAGCCCAUGUCAACUUUCAUCAGAAUUAACUUUCUGCUCUAGUAGUCAGUGGAACAUGCAGCUACUAUUCAAAUCGCACCUGAAAUGCAAAAAGCAGGAAAAAUCUUCUGCUUCCUUCUGACAACCUCUGUGGCACAACUGUGUGGUAGAAUGAGGCAGUUAUGGCUCAAGUGUCUGAAUAUUGCACUGACGUCUGCUUUUCCCCCUCAACGUGUGAUUCAUGCAUUCUUCUCCGUUGUCCUGGGGGGGCAGGGGUCACAGCCUGGCCUGGCUCACCAUGCCACCAAAUUUCCCGUGCCACCAAACUUUGUGACUUGCGAGGAUCCCCGCGGGCCAGAUGUGAUGGCUCCGCAGGCUGCAUUUGGCUCAUGGAUCAGAGGUUGCGCACCCAUGGGUUAGACUAGAGUGAACCUAGGUUAUUACUGACUUUAUAUGAGGAAAUGUGCAGGUAAAAUGAGUGGGGGGAAUGGAGAAAACUCAUUGUGUUUGAAUAGGUCCAGUGUCCCAAAGACAAUCGUGUUGUUUUGGUUGGUGGUGGUUGGUUAUUUUUGCGCCAACAGGGUUUUGCAGGAUUUUUCUAAAUUCUCCUUCUAGAUGUGCAUUGGACCUUUUGGCACCCUUAAUCAGGUAACAGCCUACUCUUUUCAAUGGGGAAGGUCAUACCUACAGGAAAAGGGCUAGGAGCUUCAUUUGUAAAUGGGAAAAUAGUUAUUAAAAAGAAAUCGUAACAGGAUUCCCUCCUCCCCCCCAUUUCCCCCAUCUUCCAUGGACCAUGAUUCGGGUGGGGAUUUACUUGUCUCUAAAAGAUGCGUCAAGUACAGGUUUUUUGCCUGGACUUGGGCACCUGGAGCUCUUACAGUUAGGGCCAGUGCCUAGGGAUACACUAUGAAGCAAGGGGAGCAGGCUGCUGGGGUAGGUUGUGUAAUGUCUGAACUGGAAUUGCCAAAGCCUGGAUUCCACAAUCUGCUGCUGCAGAGGCUUAAAGCGUGUCAUUGGGUUGCCGUAGAGGGUUCCCCUGACAUGAGAUCCUUUAGGAAAAGAAAAAAAAAGCUCAUUAGUACAAAAUUCUGCCUUCCUUAACGUAAUUGUCUUGAGAUUAGAUGCAAGGUGAGACUGGUAUAGUGAUUGAACACUGCUCUGGUUGGGAUUACCAAUCUUAAUUGCUUUGUCCUUGCUCUUUUUAAGGGGGAUUUUUGUUCUAUAACGUGGGUAAGUCUGGCUGCAAAACCCAUGUGAGGCCAUGUGCACUGAAUACACGUGUUCACUUCUAAGCAUUUUUACUUGCUUGGAUUUUGAUUCAGAGAUUAAGGAGUGAUCUAGUUCAACAUUGCACAUCCUAAUUCUUUUUUUCUUCUUUCUUUAAGAUUUAUAGCUUUUGUACUUCCUUUCAGGAAGGCGGGGAAAAAAUGUUGUUCACCCUGAUUUUGAGCCCUUCAAGACUUAAUAAAAGGAACGUCUUGCCAUUUGAGUCCCCGUAGUGUGGGUCAGAGUGUCGGAUUACGUGCACCUCAAAUGAGAUCUUUAAAAGGGAAUUGGUGUCUUUCUCAGAACCUUUGACCAUUUAAAACAGCUCAACUCUCUCUCCACUUAACUCUGUCAAUUUUGAGAUUAAGUCCUUGGAAAAUCCAUUGUUCGUCUUGGAGUGUAGCGCAAGAAAAUUGCUAAGAACAAACAUCGUUGGUUACCCAUUUUAUGAAACCGUUAAAAUUGGCAUUUUACCUCCUAUCUUUGUUAUAUUGGUUUAACCCAAAGAUCUGUUUAAAACUUCCUGAAAGGCUGUCUGGUACCUUUUUAAAAAAAAUUGCACUGUAAUAACGAUUGAACUGGUGUAAAUGUAUGUAAAGUCAUUUUUUUGCAUGUGUAAAUAUGUAUAUAGUUAUCUAAUAUGGUUAGUGAAACAAUAAAUGGCUUUUUUUAAAUAAUGGCU